AUGAAAUUGCGAGAGGCGCUGCACGCCCAGGCAGCCAGGCUGCCCGCCCAGGCUGCAGAACUAGUGGUGCGCUGCCCCGACACCAAGAUGCCCCGCGACGACGACGACGACGCCGUCGCGGAGCCGAAGGACGACUCCCUCACCUAUCUGGUGAGGAAGCUGCGCGCUCUACUGCGCAGCGAGGCCAAGGACCAGAGUUUGAGGGAUUUGUUCGAGAAGCUCGACAAGAACGGCGACAAGAAGGUGACAGCUGUGGAGUUAAGGAAGGGUCUGAAAGAUUUAGGCUUCCGCUUGGACGACGACGAGGUGCGAGACAUUAUUAAAUACUGCGAUGUGGACGGGGAUGGGGAGAUCUCGUACCUGGAAUUUGAAAGUUUCGUCGAAUCGCCGGAAUGCAAGGACGCCGACGUCCAAGAUGUCUUGGAUCGACUGCGGGAAAUCGCGGAGGGCCAGGGCGGUUCGAUAGCGAAGAGAAUAGAAGAGAUGUUCGAGGAGCUCGAUGAAGACUUAUCGGGCGAUGUUGAUGCCGACGAGUUCCACGACGGGCUCCGAGGUCUUGGACUCACACUAACAGUGAAAGAAGCCGAAGAUAUAACCAAACGGUUCCCGUCGACGGGUAAAAAUGCUGUGGGUCCGAAAGGCCCGCGUAUACGGUACCGAGACUUCGUUGCCGCUGUCCGAGGAAAGGCACCGGCAUCGCACGAGGCUAAAGAUUCCCAAGGCGAUCGCGUCGCGACCUAUGCUGUCCGAAAGUUAGCGGAGGAAGUAGAACGUUGUUCUCGCACGAAGCAGGGCGACCUUGAUUUAGCGGGCUGCUUCCGUGACCUCGACGCUGAUGGGAGUGGUACGCUCGACCGAACGGAAAUACGAGAUGCUCUAGACAGGGUAGGCGUCCAACUCUCGAGGAAGGAGCUCGUCGAGGUCAUGGAGUUCUUCGGGGCCGGACCGGACGGCGAGGUCCCGUACGAAGACUUCGUCGCGUUCGCUUUGAAGCAGGACCCGGCGACGGCGCGCAUCGCGACGAAAGUCAGGAACGAGAUCGAGCGGCUGGCGGAGCGAGAUGGUCGCGCACCGGACUAUCGAGGCGCGUUCCGCGAACUCGAUGACGACGACAGCGGCGAGCUGGACCAGGACGAGUUCCGGUCCGCGAUGCGCAAUCUUGGCCUAAGGCUGUCGUCGGCGGAAUUGCGGCAGCUCGUCAACCUCUUCGACGCCGACGGCGACGGCGUUGUCUCCUAUCGGGAGUUCAUCGACUUCGUGGAGAAGAUCCCGGUGGACGAGUCGGGCGAGGCGGGCGAGAGCAAAGACGACGGCGGCGAGGCCAAGGCGGAGGCCAAGUGGUAGACGUUCCGUCGUCGACUGCUAAGUACAUGAUCAAAACUUCUUAACAACAAACGUCGCGUCGAUGGCGUAUGGGGGA